AUGGAUAUCACAAUAAAAGAACUCAACACAACACCUACUCAGCUCACGUUCUUUCUGCUCACUGGUGUGCCAGGAUUAGAAGAUAUCCAAAUUUGGAUCUCCAUCCCUUUCAGCUUCAUGUACUUCUUGGCUGUGGUAGGCAAUACGCUGGUGAUGGCAAUAGUGGUCUGUGACCGGAGCCUCCAUGAACCCAUGUAUCUCUUCCUGGCCAUGUUGGCAUUCAACGAUGUCCUGCUCUGUACUGUCACGGUACCCCAAAUGCUGUUCAUUUUCUGGCAGGGCCCCUUGGCAGCCACCUUCCAUGCCUGCCUCACACAAAUGUUUUUCGUCCAUGCACUGUUCCUCUCUGAAUCUGCUGUCUUACUGGCCAUGGCUUUUGAUCGCUAUGUGGCUAUCUGCACACCACUGCAUUAUGCAACCCUGCUCACGGGCUCUUUCAUUGGUAAGGUUGGGCUGGCAUUGGUAGCCCGGAGUGUGGCUGUUGUCACUCCUGGUGUUCUCUUUAUUCUCCGCUUGGACUUCUGUAGGAGUAACAUUAUCCAUCACACAUACUGUGAGAACAUGGGCAUUGCCAAGUUGGCCUGUAACAGCAUUACCUUAAAUAGCAUUUAUGGCCUCUCAGCUGCUCUCCUCACCACAGGGAUGGACUUCGUAUUCAUCUCCUUGUCCUACUGGCUAAUCUUGAAAACAGUCCUACAACUGCCAUCAAAGGAAGCCCGGGCAAAAGCUUUUGGCACCUGUGGGGCUCACAUUUGUGUCAUUUUGAUAUUCUACACCCUGGCCUUUUUCUCUUUCUUUACCCAUCGCUUUGGGCACCAUGUGUCCAGGCACACCCUCAUCCUUCUGGCAAAUCUCUAUCUACUGAUACCCCCAACCAUGAACCCCAUUGUUUAUGGAAUAAAGACCAAAGAGAUAAGGAUGCGAGUAGUAGCAUCUUGUUCAAUGUUCAAAAUGGUUCAAGUCUAG